UCCAGUCGGCCACGUCACAGAAGGGGGGAGAAUGGGUUUACAUUCCUGAGCUCUGCUCAAAUUUCCUGAAAUCUCAGUCCUUCUUUUCUUUAUCUGCGAGCCAGACUGCUGUUCUCUGCCCUCUUCAAAACUGCAUCCUUCCAAAAUGAUGUUUAAAAGUAUCCCUGUAUUUAUUAUGCUUGCCAUCUCCUGCGCGUAUGCUGAGCAGGAGAUGAAGAGCAAGUCCAAGAUUUGUGCCAACGUGUUUUGUGGUGCUGGAAGGGAAUGUGCUGUGACAGAGAAGGGGGAGCCCACCUGUCUCUGCAUUGAGCAAUGUAAACCCCACAAGAGACCUGUGUGUGGCAGCAAUGGGAAGACCUACCGUAACCACUGUGAGCUGCACCGUGACGCCUGCCUCACAGGCCUAAAGAUCCAGGUCUCCCAUGACGGACACUGUGAAGAGAAGAAGACUGACAAGGCAGCAGCAAGCCCAAUUGUGUGCUACCUGGCCGAUCGUAAUGAGCUCCGUAGCCGUGUCAUUGAGUGGCUGGAGACUGAAGUUGUCCCCGACGGCUGGUUUUCCAAGGGCUCCAACUACACUGAAAUUCUGCACAGAUACUUCAAGAACUACGACAAUGGUGACUCCCAUUUGGAUUCAAAUGAGUUCCUGAAGUUCAUUCAGCACAACGAGACAACUGUCAACAUCACCAACUACAUGGAUGAGGAGAACAACAGACUUCUCAGGAGCCUAUGUGUUGAUGCCCUGAUUGAACUCUCUGACGAGAAUGCUGACUGGAAAUUGAGCUUUAAUGAGUUCCUCAACUGCCUGAAGCCAGGGUUUAACCCCAUUGAGAAGAAGUGUGCCCUUGAGGACGAGACCUAUGAAGAUGGAGCUGAGACUCAAGUGGAGUGUAAUCGCUGUGUCUGUGCCUGUGGAAACUGGGUGUGCACUGCCAUGAUCUGUGAUGCUAAGGAUAAGAAGGAAGCUCCCGAGGAGGACACAGACCUAACUGCACAGGAGAUGACUGAGGAGGAGUGGACCCGACGUGUGGAGGAGCUCAACAAGCACCAGGUUCGUUUUUUAACACCACAGUAACAGGAAACGAUUGAGAAGUCCAAGAAAAUCAACACCAAAGAGAUCUAAGUAUGAAGUUGAAAGAGGAACACAGAAGCAUCGUCCAUCAUCCCAUCCUCUUGUAAAGGAGAGCAAGCGAAUGCUUACAUUUUCCGCUGUAGUUUAAAGAAAAAACAUUUUUGUUGUUUGUUUUUGUAUUUUUUUUUAAAUAUAUAUAUGGUGUAGUAGUCCACGUGUGUUUUAUGUAAAGCGCAGUAAUCAAUGUAUCACUGCAAAGCCUUGUGAGUACAUUAAAUUUCAUUUUAUUAUGUUACAUGUUCCCAUGUGUUGCUACAACUGUUUACGUAAGGUGUGUCUAUUGUUUUAUUUAUUUAUUUUAAAUUUUGACGACAUUUUUAAACUUUUAAAUUGCAUUCCCUGCGUCAAGGUGUUUGUGGUCAAAAUGUAAAAAAAAAAAAACAA